AUGUUUGGAUCUUUGUUAUUGAGGUCAGAUGGUGGUUCGUCUGCAUCAAAAAUUCGAAAAAAUAAGAAAAGAAAAAUCGGAGAAUCUGUCAUUCGUGGCAGAAAAAUCGAUUUAUUGCUAAAACUCUGUAAUAGUUCAAGGGAAAUAUUAGCUGGAAAAGUAGCAAGAACAGGAGAUAUUCGUGAUAAAAAGACUUUAAAGAACAGAAUGAAGCUAUUAAAACUUAUGAAAGAUAUGCCCGAUUUAAUUAUUGAGUCACUUCCAUCAACAACAAUUGAAAAUUACAGGAAAAAUAAAGGCAUUAUUUAUAUUAUGGAUCGCUCUGGAGGAGUUGUCUCGCGAUUGACUAAAAAAGCCAAUUUAGAAGCACCAAUAUACAUUGAAGGUCUUUGUGGUUUAAUUUUAUCAAUAAUUACAAUUUUAGAAUUAAAGCAAUGA